AUGGAGUCGCCCGUCAAGACAAAGUUCCCGACCGCACGCAUCAAGCGCAUCAUGCAGGCAGAUGAAGAGGUCGGCAAGGUCGCACAACAAACCCCCAUUGCAGUAGGCAAGGCCCUGGAAUUAUUCAUGGUCCAGAUCGUGUCUAAGAGCGCCGAUGUGGCCAAGGACAAGAACUCCAAGCGCAUCACUGCCCAGAUGUUGAAGCAAGCGGUCGAGGUGAACCCUCAGUGGGAUUUCUUGCAAGACAUUGUCGCCAAGGUCAGCGAGAAGGAGGACAAGGAGCCCAAAAACAAGGCAAAGGCCAACGACAACACCGACAGUGACGAUGAAGUGGAAGCCGAGCCGAAAAAGAAGGGUAGGGGUGGCAGAAAGAAGAAGGCUGCCUCGUAG